GAUUUAAUUAACAAAUCAAAUGUUCCAACGUUUUUGUUUGGUUUUAUUGAGACGUUAAUUAUGAAUCUCAAUAAAAAAAAGGCUUAAUCAUUAAGUGUAAAAAUUGGUUAACUUUAUUGUUUCUGUGCAAUUUCAAGUAAUAGCCAACGAUGUUAUCACUAAUUGUGCCAAUUGUUUUGCUCCUAAAUAUUGAUAGUAACAAUUUAAUUCAAGGUUAUUUACUUGACUUUCCAAUGGACUCAAUUCAACCAAUCAACGAAAAUGUUUCAAUCUUAUCAACCUUAUCUGAUCUGUCAACACAAGAAACGUGGACAAUCAAGGAGACCUUAAUUGUUAAGCCGAAAGUUCAUGGAAAGAUUGAAAUUACUCAUAAAAACUACCAAAUUCAAGUUUUUUAUCAUGAAAAUGAUGAUCAGAUCAGAUUAGUUUUCCAUGAUAAUGAAUGUUACGAACUGAAAUAUACACCAAAUGGAUGGAGCUCAAUGAUUCCAACGGUAACAAACCCGCUUCUCAAUAUGGCCUUACUUAUGGGUCCAUCUUUUUACUAUCGUAUUGUGGGUCGGACCAAUGAGUAUCGAUCUGAAUCAAAUGUUUAUCUUCGAGGAAAAGAGAUGAAGAGUAUUCAGCUAAAGGCUCACGAAGAUUUUCAAGUUUCGUUUAUUUUUCCAGUCGAAAUGGAUUCAUUGGUUGGUAUAAGAGAACCUAUGAGACUUAAACUUGUUUCAUCUCCUCAUGAUUCUGAGACAUUAUUUUACGAUAUUUUUGAUACGAAAAGAUUGUCAUCCAAUUUUGAUGAAUCCUUAGUAACUCCAACUCUUGGUAUUGGAUGUCCAAGGUAUCUUGAACUAAAUCAGCCGUUUCCCAAACUUGACACCGAUCGAUUUCAUGUUAAUCUAGUUGAGACGAUUAAAAGCUCAAAUUCAAACUAUUUUGUUGAUCCUGCGAAUGGAAUAUCUCGUAUAUCUAGUAACGGGCAAGUUCUUAUGAAACAAGAUAAUUCUCAAUCGAAAAUCAUAGCUGAUUAUAAUCUCGGUGUUAAAUAUAAUCUGAAGGCCGGUAAAUGUACAAUGUUGCCGAUAGAAAAUUCUAUUACAGCGAUAAACGAUUGUGAUGAUGAUAUACUCACUCUUAAUCCGAUCACGAUGGAUAUUGAUGAUUUUAAAUAUGUUGGAAAAAUUAAUUACGAACAUCGCUUCGAACUAGUUGAUGUUUGGGAAUCAACGAAAUUAUACAAUAAUGAUACGAAAUAUAAUAAGAUUGUCACCACUCAGUUCAUGGCGAAAAACUCCAAUAACAGUGAUUUAGAUUGGGAUUAUUUACCAAUCGCUGCAGAGAGAAAGUUUUACAAAUAUCAUUUGUCUAAAUAUAUUCUGAGUGAAUCAAGGAGACGUGAUUUCUUUGACUAUGAUAAAGUUAAUCAUGAUGAGACUGAUUAUCGUGAAUCAUUUCAAAUCACUGAUUGUUAUGAUAGUCCUGAUGAUAAAAUGUAUUUAAAGUUACAUAUUGAAAGUUCAGAUUUAAAUUACACGGAAAGUCUUAAUUACGCUGCUGGAAACAUAUACUUGGUUCGAGAAACAAUUAAGCUUUUGAUUUCUUCCAGUUUAAAAUUGUCUUACAUUAGGAUAACAAAUGUCGAUAUUGAACUCGAAUCAAGUUACAUUGUCGCUCAUGUCGAGAUAAUCGAAGCGCCUGACUUAAUAAGGGCAUUAGUUCAAUUCGAUAAGAAAUUUACAAUCGAAUCAUUCGAAAGUUAUGAUAAAAUCCUUGCUAAGGAUCCAUAUGAAUGCUUGAAAGUGCUGGGAACUAGAAAAUCAUCUUAUGUAAUCAAUUGUAUGGGCUACGACAAUUUAUGUGUAUCUGUAGCCGUUGAUCAACAGUUACCCAUUUCGGAUAUAAACUCUGGUUCUUAUUGUCAAGUUUACGUAAAUGGAAAGGACAAAUUACGAAAAUUGGUACAAGAAUUGUCACUGGAACAAUUACCUACUCGGUUAACCCAAUUAAUUGGAAUAAAUUUCGAGAUUCCUUGUGACGAUUGUUUUAUUCAAUUUGGGUUCAAGAUCACUAAUGUUGUCCAAGAUUCUCCUCCUCUCGACACUCAAGAGACUCGAGUUUUAUUCAAGGAUGUGGAAAAUGGAGCUAAGAUUGAUCCUUCUAUCGGAGAGUCGAUUGUAGGCAUUAGAAACUUUGGUGAUUGUUAUCGAGUUUGUCUUACCUCAUCGAAAGGUUCGACUUGUGAAACAUUCUCGUUUUGUGCUUCACUUAAUAAUCAAGAUAGUAAACAAUUGGUAGAAUGUCGAGUAUCUGAGAAAACUUAUGGAUCAUUGGCGAAUAGUGGUACAGUUCGCGAUAACUCUUGUAAUAUUUAUGGAAAAAAUAAUUUACUCGAUUAUCAUAAAUUACCAUCGGUAAAGUUUAUUAGUUCUGGAGGAGAGAAGGACCAAAGAUUGAGUGUUCGAACAGUAGAUGAAUGUGCUCAAGCUUGUGUAGAAUCAAAUGAAAACUGUUAUUCAUUUGAGAUUUGUGAUUCUCGAUAUUGUUCAUUUGGUGGACAUUAUACAACAUCCAAGACAAUAUCAGAUAAAUUCUGUGAUAUUUAUAUUCCAAAAAAGAUUCAUCAUUUUGUAAGAAACAAUUAUAAAACUGUUACAUCAAUAAUUCAUUCCGAAGUUGAUUUAACUCUUGACCAAUGUGCUUCUUUGUGUUUUUCAAUGAGACAAAACGAUGAACAUAACAAUAAGAAAGAUGGAUGUAAUUCAUUUAAUUACUGUCCAAAAGGUGAAUCUAUCAGUAAAUGUGAAUUAUCAAUUGAAACAAUUUCUGCAUCAAAUGUAAAUCAAGUCUUAUUAUCAGAUGAUUGUUCAAAUUAUCAAUUGAUGGAAACAAUUAAGCAGCAAUCAACAUCAACAUCAUCACCAAAACUGCCUAAAAAAUCCAUUUCUGGUAUCGGUAUUAUUAUUUUUUUCGUCAUCAUUGGCUUGACCAUGGGACUGGUCAGUACCUUGGCUCACAAUUACCUCCAGAAGAAACGAAAUCAAAUCAAUGAAAAUCAACAAAAUGUGAUUGACGCAACUUAAUUUCCUUUACAUCACUUAACUCUCUCCUCUUUUAUAAUAAUCAUUUGAUUGCCACUACUAUUUAUUAUUAGAUAAUAAACUUUGAUCAAUUCUAAGUCUUGUUAA